AUGGGCUCUGUCUCCUCUGCGUUGGCGCGGUCCCGCAACACCGCUGUGCAGCCGAGAUCAUCGCCACCGCAGCCCGAAGUGCCGCUCGCUGCUCGCAAAGACUUCAAAACCCAGAGGCUGGGACUCCGGUUCCAAGACCCGUCCGGACCUCCGGCAGUUUGGGAGCGGCCGGCGGCCAGGCCCAGCCCGGAAGCUCCCCUGAAGUUGGAGGGUGCGCAGCUGUCCCCGGUGCUGAAGAGUUUGCCAACUAUGUCUCAGUCCUCCAGCUCAGCAGAGACUGGCCCUGGGAAGGCAGAGGAGUGGAAUACCCAGCUAGAAACCACAGAGAGCCAGGCAGGAGACCAAGUUGCAAAUGAAGCAGGAGAUAAGAAUGCCCGUCCACUUGCCCGCUUCUCCCGGUCUAAGUCGCAGAACUGUCUGUGGAACUCCCUCAUUGAUGGGCUCACUGGGAAUGUCAAGGAGAAGCCACGGCCAACAAUUGUUCAGGACACCCGACCCCCGGAGGAAAUUCUGGCAGAUGAGUUGCCACAACUGGAUAGCCCAGAAGCUUUGGUGAAGACGUCUUUCAGGUUACGGUCUUUGGUCAAGCAGUUGGAACGAGGGGAGGCCUCUGUGGUGGAUCUGAAGAAGAACCUGGAAUAUGCAGCGACCGUGCUUGAGUCUGUGUAUAUCGAUGAAACAAGGCGACUUCUGGAUACAGAGGACGAGCUUAGUGACAUUCAGUCAGAUGCUGUGCCUUCUGAGGUCCGAGACUGGCUGGCGUCCACCUUCACGCGACAAAUGGGGAUGAUGCUUAGGAGAAGUGAUGAGAAGCCCCGGUUCAAGACCAUUGUCCACGCAGUGCAAGCUGGGAUAUUUGUGGAGAGAAUGUAUAGGCGGACAUCAAACAUGGUUGGGUUGAGCUAUCCACCAGCUGUUAUUGACGCAUUAAAGGAUGUGGACAAAUGGUCCUUCGAUGUGUUUUCCCUCAACGAGGCCAGUGGAGAUCACGCUUUGAAAUUCAUUUUCUAUGAAUUACUCACACGCUAUGACCUGAUCAGCCGUUUUAAGAUCCCCAUUUCUGCGCUUGUCUCAUUUGUGGAGGCCCUGGAAGUGGGGUACAGCAAGCAUAAAAAUCCUUACCACAACCUGAUGCAUGCCGCUGAUGUCACGCAAACCGUGCAUUACCUCCUCUAUAAGACAGGAGUAGCAAACUGGCUGACGGAACUGGAGAUCUUUGCAAUAAUCUUCUCGGCUGCCAUCCACGACUAUGAACACACUGGAACUACCAACAAUUUCCACAUUCAGACACGGUCAGAUCCAGCUAUCUUGUACAAUGACAGAUCUGUCCUGGAGAACCACCACUUGAGUGCAGCCUACCGCCUUCUGCAGGAUGACGAGGAGAUGAAUAUUCUGGUCAACCUCUCAAAGGAUGACUGGAGGGAGUUUCGCACCUUGGUAAUUGAGAUGGUAAUGGCCACGGAUAUGUCCUGUCAUUUCCAGCAAAUCAAAGCCAUGAAGACAGCCCUGCAGCAGCCAGAAGCAAUUGAAAAGCCGAAAGCCUUAUCCCUGAUGCUGCACACAGCAGACAUCAGUCACCCUGCAAAAGCCUGGGACCUGCACCACCGCUGGACCAUGUCUCUCCUGGAGGAGUUCUUCAGACAGGGUGACAGAGAAGCUGAGCUGGGGCUGCCGUUUUCUCCUCUCUGUGACAGAAAGUCAACCAUGGUUGCUCAGUCACAAGUGGGUUUUAUUGACUUCAUUGUGGAACCCACCUUUACUGUGCUCACGGAUAUGACUGAGAAGAUUGUGAGUCCGUUAAUCGAUGAAACUUCCCAGACUGGUGGGACCGGCCAGAGACGCUCAAGUUUGAACAGCAUCAACUCCUCAGAUGCAAAGCGAGCAGGUGUCAAGAGUUCUGGGUCAGAAGGAAGCGCUCCCAUCAACAAUUCUGUCAUCCCUGUUGACUACAAGAGUUUUAAAGCCACUUGGACUGAGGUGGUGCACAUCAAUCGGGAGCGGUGGCGGGCCAAGGUGCCCAAAGAAGAGAAAGCCAAGAAGGAAGCUGAAGAGAAGGAUCGCCUGGCUGCUGAGGAAAAGCAAAAGGAAAUGGAAGCUCAAAGCCAAACUGAACAAGGCAAAGCUGAGAAGAAGACAUCAGGAGAAACGAAAGGUCAAGUCAAUGGAGCCCGUACAAACAAGGCGAAGAACCCCAAAGGCGACAAGGCAGGAGAAAAACAGCAGAACGGGGACUUGAAAGAUGGGAAAAAUAAGGCAGACAAGAAGGAUCACUCCAGCACCGGAAAUGAUUCAAAGAAAACAGAUGAUCCAGAAGAGUAGAAAAGACCUCACAUAGACUGAGGCUGCCAGUGUCUCGCGCCAUUUUAGCUGAGCUUCUUCACUCUCCUUCUUCCACAAAGACCCCUAUCUGGGGAAGGUGUACAGCUUUCAAUUCCAAGCCCCACAUUUGGCCUUCUCUCAUGCUGUUUCCUCCCAGGGGCCUCAGGGGAGUGGCUUGUGGUCUUAGAUUAUGGGGGAAAUUUUUUUCUCACUUGAGCACACAAACCCCACUUGAGAUUUGUUCUGCUUUGUUUUCAUUUUGUUCUUGCCCCACCCUCGAAGCAGAAAUCAAACAUGAAAGGCCAUUUUACAACCCAUUAUUAUUAAUUUGGCUUUCACAGCAUCUGAUGAGCCUGGAGAAAAAACCUGACCUCCUGGAUGUGCUGAUUGAGGCCUGGAAAAGUACACCGCACAGUGACUACCAUUUUGUUUUUGUUAAUGCUGUUGACUUAGAUGUUGCCUUUCAUACUGGCUCAUGAUGGCAACGAUAGCCAGGCUGGCCUUUGUCACAACUCCAGUGAACGGCCAAUUUCUGGUUCUUUUUUCCAAUUGAGAACACUCAUUUCCUCCAGUUUAUCUUUUAAUGCUUAAAUUUUGUUCUUAUGCUUUUUUUCCCAUUGUGUAAUAUGAACUUGCUUGUCUCUUAAGAGGAGAUUAUCCUAUAUGUAUUUGAUGCUUAAUUUAUUAUCUGUAAAUUCAUGAAUAUAAACCUCAGUGUGUUUGCUGAUAACCACAUGUCAGUGAGUUCCCCAGUUUUUUCACUGGGCAGCAUCCAUCACUAAGAGGUCUCUGAAAUAUUGACCACUUCCUGGUCCUCUUCUUUUGGGUGUCUGUGAGUUGGCUUUAUUACGUUAUAAACUUUUUAGAAAGGGAAGUGUUAAGGCACUCAGAAUCAGAAAGAUAGAUAUGUCAGGUAAUAGUUUUCAUUUUAGCGGAAUUUUAACUCUGUGAAGGAGUUGAUUAAUAGCAAAAAUAGAAAAUAAGGAUAAUAGAUACAGCAGGGAAAGGGGAUAAAAAUAGAUUAUCCUGAAGCCAAACGGUAAAUGGGAUUCAGUGGAGGACAAGGAAAAUGCGAUUUUUCUUUCCUGUGGUGUGAUUUACAUAUGAAUGUUUUUUAUUAUGUAGUUUUAAGUUUCUUCCGAAAGUAAAGCAUGUCAUAUAGAAUUAAUGAUAGGAAGAAAGUGAGCUAGGUAAUGGGUUUAAAUGAAUUCCAUAAAUUUCAUUUCUAAACUAAAGUAUAAAGACAGAUAUUUUAAAGUUUCUGUAUUGCUAAAGUAAGUAAUUGGUAUUUCUUCAUCAGCUAAAGAAGACAGUGUGUGGUUCUCUAGGCUUAAGACCAAGAGGCUCAUAGACUUUAAGACUGCUUGGCUCAUAGAAAAGGGCUUCAGCAGGAACAUAGGAAGAAAGUUGUUGCCUGGAACACAGUACCUGGGAUUCACACAACUUUUCUCUGUUGGUUGUACAUUUGGCCUCAUCAUAUAGCACUGACCUUUUUCCAUUGUUCUGCCUGCUUUCCUAACAGUAAAUCAUGAAACUCAGACUUAAAUGAGUUGGGAACAUAAAGGGUCAAUUGUCUGACUAGAACAAGCCAUGUCAUAUCUAAUUAUUGUAAUACGGGUCAGUUUGAUGGGCUUUGCUACCAGGGAGACAGUCAGGAAGAGUGAGAGUCCUGGGGAAUGACUGAGAGUGGUCAGGAAUUGGUGAUGCUGGGAAGGGCAGAGGUGAGGGCUGGUAGGGCAGAUGCUGUUGUAAGAAGGCAGCGGUCCAGUAUCAUGGGCUAUAUUUGUGCUAUGUAGUUACCUGGGAUUUGUAAAAAGGUUUUGCACAUUGGCAUCUAACUCAGAUGCUUACACUGCACCAUUCAAACAAAAUGUGCUUAUGAGCUGUAUGUUGUCCAGGGCUUGCAAACUGUCUUCUUGGAGGUAGAAUGAUUCUGUAUGUCAGUUAAACGCAAUCAAGUAUAUGCCGGUUUAUGUCCUUGGACACUGACCUUUUACCUCAUGUCUACUCUGUAUUUUUGUAUGUGAAGCAUUUGGGCAGUUGAUAUAGAAUGCCUACUGCUUCAUUUUAUAAUCUAGAAAACAACACUACACAAUAUAUGAAAAAGAAAUAGGAAUAUAGCCAUUUUUUCUAGAACCAAUGAAGAUAGAAAUGUUUUAAAUUUGCUGUUAGUCAUUAAUCAGUUGAAAAUGAAGGGGAGGAGAACUUGAUGCCAUUACAGUUUGCUUAGAACACUCAGGAGGCACAAACGCUCGGCUAAUGAAGUCCCAAACUUUUUAAUUUCUCAUGUUAAGACACAUCGAAUAAAAACAGAGUCACUUGUUAAAAACAUGUAAAACACGUUACUGUGCUCUAAACUGAUCUUAGACCUGAUAACAUACUAGAAUAAUUAUUCCAGGUCAGUAUUCACAGAGAGAAACACAAUUUCCAAGGUUGGGGCAUGUUUUCUGGGGGUUUUACUUUCCUUGAAAUGGCUUCUUCUGAGCGAAGCAUCAACAUUCCACCAGCGUUAUCCCUCUGCCCUCGUCACUCUUCCGGCUCUGGCUCAUGCAUACUCCACAGCCUUGCACACCAGAGUUAUAGUGAAAAACUGUGGACACAGCAGUGGCUUCAUGCUCAUUAGUAUUAGACAAGCCAUGAGCCUUUCACAUUCCUGAGUGUAACACGAUAGCUGGAGCCAGCUCCUGAGCUGCAUCUUCACAUUACCCAAUGAGCCGAUAUCCAAGCUGUGUCACUGUGGGCUGAUCUUGGGCCAGAGUAACUGAUGCAUACAGAAUUCAAUAUUUUAUUUCUUAUCCAAGCUGUCUUUCCUAGUCUGUGAGCCCUAAUAGCUUAUGGCAGCAAUUAGAAGAUGCAUUUCUAAACCAUCAAUGGACUUUCUUCCACUGACCAUUUUGUUCUUGGAGUUUUUAAAAGCUAUGAAAAAUAUCUGACAGGAGUCUACACACUAAGACCUUUAACCAUUAAAGCCACGCUAAGCACCAAAGACAACCUGGUGUUAGAGACUCAUCUCAUUUGCGGAAGCUCAGACGGAUUUCCACCUCCAGCCAUGGCUUUAGAAAGUGUAAAAAUGAGAAGGAAAGGACACUGUUAUCUUGGAAUGAUAGAGAGAGGGAGGGACAGAGAGGGAGAGAGAGAGAGAGAGAGAGAGAGAGAGAGAGAGAGAGAGAACGCAGAGAGGAGAGGGAGACUAUCUUGUGCUCUACACUAUAUAAGUUGGGAGCCAGAACUCUCUCUUAUCUCAUAGAUCACUUUUCCUUAGAUAGACAGGUAGAUGGGGUAGGUAGGUGGCUGGAUGGAUAAAGGGAUAAUGUGUAUUUUCUUCAGGUUUUUGUUAAUGUCUGAGUAGAGGUUUUGAUAAUGAGGAACAUUUUAUAAUGUUCUCCCAUUGAGUGUGAGGAAACCAAUAGAUAAAAAGUAGAAAAUCCUUUCUCAUGAUGAGACAGAGAAGAUUCCAGGAGUGCAAGUCUGAGUGUAGUAUAAUUUUCUAAAUAAAGAAGAUUGGGGGAGUACCUUUUCUCCCUGUCAGACACUUUCUUAUAACUUUGAGAUGCCCCCAGCACUGCAAGACUUAUAGUCCUGGGUUAUCACAGUGCCGGGCACCUAGACAACUCAGGAAGCCUGAGCAAAACUGUCAGUUGGGAUCAUCCCAUCCCUUUCAAUGCAAAGUUCAUAUUUCCUUCAGCACAUAUUCAAUAUCUUCACCAUCCACAUGGCUACAUUCAGGUGACGUGCAUUCUGGGUUAAGGCAGACAUAACUCUACUUACACCAGUAGCUUAUCACAAAAAAGGGGGAACAUCAGGCUAUUUGGAGAAAUUGUUAAAAGCAAUGAGUCCACAAAAAUAGAUGGAAAAUAGUUUCUGUGACCUUUAAAUUUGAGAAAGAACCAAAAAAGUCAGAUCAAUGAAAUGAAGUUCUUCAGAGAAUGAUGAGCCAAGAAGGAUGAUGGCACAGAGCUACCUGAAACUCCCAUGACUCCCAUGACUUAGAACCCAGGCUGAAACUUGGACUUCCUUGGAGCCAAUAGAAAACACUCUUCCUGCAUCAUGAGAAACCACUGCGCAGUCUUCUGCCAGCAUGGUGGGCACAGCGCCGAGAUGCAGCAAAGCCGAGUGUUGCAGAGCAUAAUGUUUCACUAAUGAUGUUCUAUUGAUUCUUAUUCUUGAACAAAUGGAAAAUUAUACGUGUAAUUCAUCAGCAUCAAUCUGUGAUUAAAGGCCUCAUUAUCACUGAGCACGCGAGCAUAGUGAGAAGCCAGUCAUGGAAACAAUGAUGCUCCUGCGAAACCAGGAGACUCCUUAUGCUCUGUCCAAGCAGAGACACCGGUGGGCACAGAGGUAGCGCUGGAGUCCAGAUGAAAUCAGGGCCAUCUGCAGAUUGUGCUGGAUUGUUGACAACUGUGAGUCUAGGGAGGUAAGAAAAUGGGAGGUUCUCAUUGGACACUUGUGUGCAAAGGUGAUCUCCAGGAAGUAGUCAGUGAUGAGCAAGAUCUGUUUCCCAGAAGAGCUUGCUUUCACCAUGAGCAACGGUGCGGUACAGCAGAGAACCUGGACUGAGAAGUUCAUGGUCAUCUUUAAGGAUUAAGUCUAAAUUAUCUUUUUAUAUCAUCCCUCCUUCCCAUUUUCAACUAAAAUAUCGGCACACAUAUUAAAGAUGAAUUACCAUUAGUCCUGGCUUUUGUUCAAGUGAAAGUGGGUUAACACCGGCAGUGGCAGGCUUCCUUGAUACACUUGUUCCCAAACUAAGUGGCUGUUGCAGAGCCUGAAGCAGUGGGAAUGGUGGGACCUUUCAGCUGGCCCAGGGCACACUUGCCCAGUACUCCUGGGGAUUCCUCUACCUUCUGACUGAUUGUUGGCUGUAACGGUCCACAGUCAGUGUCACUAUGAGGCAUCUUUUCUAGAGUGGCGCAUCCCUCCCAGGAACUGAUGGCUGUGCUUACACGCACACUCACAGGCAAGCUCACUAUGGAGUCUUAUGACUGGAAUGGCUUUUAAACAGGUGCUCACGAAGCACAACUCUGCUUAACUUUGCUCCUCUUGUGUGCUCUACGUUAGGGAUGCGGCUUUGUCUACUACUACCCUUCUCUUCAAAUAGGUAUAGAUGUGAUACGUGCGCUGGCCUAAAAGCAAUCCCAUGUUAAUGCGUGUAGCUUUACAGUGAGCCUCUAUAGCCAUACGCAUCAUCCAGUGAUAGAUUCUAGAAACAGACUGUAGAGAAUUACAUUUCUUUUUGUUCUUCCUUGCUUGUAUGAUAUUUUAUACAAUUUUAUAUGCUGUAAGAUUUUAAGAUAUUUUUGCUAUUUUCCUUCGUAGACCUUGGCUAGGGUUUUCUCAGCUCUCAUGCUUCCUGUACUGCGACAGCCCUUGCAGCAUUUUUCAAAUGUCCUCUCCCUGUUUCAGGCCCUUCCUUGUGUGGUUCCUUUCUUGUCUCUCAUUUUCCGACAUUUCCCAUGUCUCUUUAGUUGAUAUAAGCCAUUCGACUUGCAAUAUCAUUUGAGCACACAGAAACACCAAAUAAGGGGGGCACAUUUUCCAGUGUAAUGGGAAUGAGAAAGUAUUAAGUGUUAAAAACAAGACAGAGGUAGGUGUGUGGGGAGGAAGGGGUAGUUUGGUGAAGAGAAUCAAGGAAAAGAAACUCUAAGUGGGGGUGGGAAGGAGGGAGAAUAAUCCAAAGCAAAGUGAAUCACUUCUAGAUUAAUAUGUCAUUGUCUUCCUUGAGUGUAAGACAUUUUCUUCUAUCACAGAGUUUUUCUCCUCUGCAUGUUAGAUUCUUACCCUGAGUCUGUAGACUGAGUCCUUGUAGGGAGCGUUCCUGGUCCUGGCUGUGUGGGAAUGAAAGGUGGAAACCCUAAGUAAGCCUUAGACUUUGCUGCUGUCGGAUACAGAUAGCCAGACUUGUGGGAAGUGACUGGAACAGUAUCAAGAACACUGAGCAGAGCUCUGAAGAAGGCAGGCCUUCAUUAUUCCAGAUGUUUUCCCAGAUCAUGCCUCAUGCACAGCUGUUGGGGGAAAUUAAGAAACUUACGGUCGUGCACUGCAGAUCCCUUCCCUAGAAGGGAGGUAAAGAGCGGCCUUUCUUUACUUUGUGGCACAAUAUCAUGGACUUCCCGGGCCUGAAUGGGUCUCAGGCAGACAUAUUGCUGAUUUAAGCUUGCAUUUGUGUAUCACAGGGCAAGGGGAUCCCCCUCCACUCUGAGGAAGAGCAUUCUGUUCCCUAUGGUGCUGCUGUUUCAUGCUCAAAGUUGCUUACACACUGUAACGUUACACCUCCAAAUGCAGACAAAGCAUGGGAUUCGUGUAAAACCAAGAGUGCCAAACUGUUGUUCAAAAAAGUUAAAAGUCUGUUUAUUGUCACUCUUUACUGCAGAAAAGGGCCUGAUAAUCCUUCAUGUCCAAUUCCCCCCUCGCAUCUAGUAAUAAAUAAAUCAUUGUAUAUUCCUCUAAUUGUCAAAUAAAAACAUGA